CCUCUGGCAUUCGGCACCGCCCCAGCUCCUCCUCCUUCGCCAGCUACUCCUUGGCUUCCCAAGACGUCAGUGGCCACUGCAGCGGGACGAGUUGCUGCAGGCAGAUCCUGAACCAUGAGAGCGGCGGACCGUGGGGCGCAACCCGCGCAGGCAUUGCUGCUGCUGCUGGUGCCACUAGCCGGGGUCUGGUCAUGGGCCUCCGCCUCGUGCCCAACGCCGCCGCUCUUCAACGUGAGCCUGGACGCGGCCCCAGAGCUGCGCUGGCUGCCGGUGCUGCGGCACUAUGACUCGGACUUGGUGCGCGCGGCGGUGGUGCAAAUCAUCGGAGACAGAGUCCCCAAGUGGGCCCUCACGUUGAUUGGAAAGGUGAUCACGGAGCUGGAGAGCUUCCUUCCCCAACCCUUCACCGACGAGAUCCGCGGCAUGAGCGACUUCCUGAACCUCAGCCUGGCGGACGGUCUCCUGGUCAACCUGGCCUACGAGUACUCUGCGUGAGUGUCCAAUUCCUGGGCAGCUUGCCAGGGACUCCUGCCACCUAGAGGUGUGCUGUCAUUGAGAUAAAAAAGGAAUGUUGACUGACUACCCAAAACCUGCCGCAUUUCCUCUUUGCCUCUGGGGAUAUCUGAGCAGCAGAUCAUGAGCUUCUAGAAUGAAAGCAACUUUUCUGACUCAACUUUCCCUGUUCCCGAACGCCCUUUGUUUCUCCCCACUAAUCCAGGUAGCAUCCCACUUUCAAAACUUUGUUCAAAAUGUACUUUUUCCAGAAAGUUUUUGAAACACAACCCAUUCUCAUCUGGACCCUCUAGAUGCCUCUGUAACUGUCCAGCUGUACACAGGUAGUGGGUCAUCCUGCACUCACUGGUACAGCUGCAUUUAUUCUUUUCGUGGCCUGUGAUCCAGCGUACUGUUUCGGAGUCUGUUUCCUCCAACGCUGGGGUCACAAGGAACUUUGCUCUUUCUAAUAAGGCCAAACUUUGGUCUGAGCACUGGACAUAAGAAAGUGUGGAAUCAACACUGAAAGCA